UAAUAACUACGUUUAUGUUAAGCGCGUGCUAAAAUCUAAAUGGAGCAACAGAACAAAUAAAAAUAUAGCUAUUGCAAUAAUAUAAAUUUUAAUGAGCUGUGGAUAAUUUACGAGCUUAACGGAAACGGAAUUUUAUUGCUGCACCUAAUAACGUGCCCAAGACGCUGAAGACUUUUGGCCAGCUGCCAAAUGAAAAAUGUAUUGCUAAAGCCCCAGACAUGUGUUUUAAGGACCAAAACACGCGCUCACACAACGAUGUUAGGCGCACAUGCUACUUUGCAAUAUUAAAUUGAGAGUGACACCUGUUGCCAAAGCAAAAACUGCAAGUGCGCAAAAGACAGAGAGAAACAUGGCUAUUAACAUUUUGGGUUUGGAUCAUUUUGUCAUAAGCGCCAUUGUCAUUGUUGGCCUGCAAUUGUUGUUCUUUCUCUGCAAUGCUUUGCUGCACAUGGAUAAACUCUCCGACUUUGCCGGUGGUGUCAAUUUCAUUGUGGUGGCGCUAUUGACCUUCUUUCUGGGCCAAGCGGAUCGAGCUUCUAAGGCCUAUGACAGUCGCCAGCUAAUGGUUACAAUCUUCGUUUGCCUUUGGGGCGCCAGACUCUCGAUAUAUCUACUGGUUCGCAUUGUCAAACUGGGUCGCGAUAAACAGUUUGAGGAUAGACGUCGCAAUACAAUACGCUAUGCGGUGUUUUGGACAUUUCAGGCUGCUUGGGUGUAUAUAGUCUCUUUGCCUGUUAUUAUUAUAAACUCGCGUCAUCCGCCACUGCCAACGCUAAAAGGCAUGACGACCUUGGACUCUACGGGCACUGGUAUGUUCAUUGUGGGUUUGCUGGCUGAAACCUACGCUGAUUUGCAAAAGUUUUCAUUCCGUCAGGAUCCCGCCAAUCAAGGCAAAUUUUGUAACGAUGGCUUGUGGAGCAUGUCGCGUCAUCCAAAUUAUUUUGGUGAGGUUAUUAUAUGGUGGGGAAUCUUUGUCAUAUCACUAAAUGUCAUAAGUGGCAUAGAAUGGAUAGCCAUAGCCUCACCUAUAUUUACAACAUUAAUAAUACUCUUUCUAUCGGGCAUACCCAUAAGAGAACGCUAUGCCGAUGAGCAGUACAAAAACCAAGUGGAGUAUCGCAAGUAUAAAGCAACCACGUCACCGCUUAUACCCGUGCCACCCAAUAUUUAUGAGGAAGUGCCUGGUGCAUUGAAAUUUAUACUGUGCUGUGAGUUUCCUAUGUACGAUACGCUGCGGCUGCAUAAGGAUACAAGUCCUUAUUCAUUGUCCAUAGCGCGCUCCCACUCGCACAUAUAGCAGUCAGUGGCCCACUCUAACAGCAAUAACGCUGGAGUGGGUCAGCCACAGCAACAGCAACAACAACAACAAGCACAACAACAGCAGCAGCAGCAUCACCAGAACCAGCAGCAACACCAGUCUCAACCACAAUCGCAGUCAUCACAUAGAGGCCACUGCUAUGGGGCAGAUGGUGGCUUAGCUGAAAGCCAUCACAAUUGUGGCGGCAGCUGUCGCAAUGUACAUAUCAAAUCGAAUCCAUAUCAGUGUGAGGCAGGUUAUGGCAGCUAUGGCAAGAAUGAAGAUACAGUUGAUGGCAUUAUCUAUGCCCACAAAACACAUUACUUUGAAAAGUCUACACCCAAAUGUAGCUACCUUGCUGAAGAGGAGCUUGCCUCAGACUAUGACGAGGAUAUACCGCCCAUAGAUCUCAGCAAAGCCAACAGCCUGGAGAGCUUUACCCAGCGCGCACGCAUAGAAACGCAGCAAGCGCUUAAUGCUCAAGGCAAACCUGUCAUUAUAACCACAAUUUUGUGAUGUCAUAUAGAAGCAAAGGUAUUGCUUGCAAGCUUAGCAGAUUUCUAGUUAAUACAAAUAUAUUGCUCAACAACAAAAGAAAUGUAUAUUUAUCUAAACAUGUGCCUCAACUAGCUGCGUCUUAGAUUGUUGCACCUUUUUUUAAAACAAGCUCGCUGUUGACUAGUCUAAAAUGUUUCAAACUAUUUAUUACCUAAAUCGGAAUUUAAUCAAACAAAAGAUAUAUAUAUAUAUAUAUUUAUGUAUCUGUUAUGAAUGGGAAAAGAAGCAGCAUCUGUAGUACAAGCCCCCACCUGAAUGAGAAAAGACACCACAAAUAUUACAACAAAACAAAAAAGGAACAUAUCCCAAAAGCCAAAAGCCCGUUCAAUAUACAUUUUGAAAAUAAAAUAAACGUUUUGACAAACUGGUUAGCAUAUUGAAACUCAGUCAUUGUUAGUUAUUCUCUGUAGGUAAUUAAAAUAUUAUGUGGUAUAUUAUACUACUAGCUUCUAAGCUUCAAUUUUUCAAAC